AUGUCGUGGAGACAGAAUCUUGGUCAGACUGGUGCGAACACCAUUCCGCUUGGUCCACGGCGACGAUUCGGUGGCGAUGACGAUGGUCCUGCCACUAAUGAACCGCCGCGCGACAUGAAGCGUGGCCGUAGCCCAGAGCGCAAAGAACCAGAACUGAACCCAGAUGGCACUAAGAAGCGCCGCAAGCGCAAUCGAUGGGGCGACGCAGCUGAUAACAAGGCCGCUGGUCUGAUGAAUCUGCCGACCGCUAUCACUGCGCCUAUGACCGCUGAACAGCUGGAUGCCUACGUUACCCACUUGCGAAUCGAGGAGAUUAGCCAGAAGCUCAGGAUCAACGAUGUUGUCCCUGCUGAUGGCGACAGAUCUCCCUCUCCUCCUCCACAGUACGAUAACUUCGGUCGACGUGUGAACACUCGCGAGUACCGCUACCGCAAAAGAUUGGAAGAUGAGCGACACAAAUUGAUCGAGAAGGCGAUGAAAAUCAUUCCCAGCUACCACCCGCCCUCUGACUACAGGAGACCUACCAAGACCCAGGAGAAGGUCUACGUGCCGGUCAACGAUUAUCCGGAGAUUAACUUCAUCGGUUUACUUAUUGGUCCUCGUGGUAACACGCUCAAGAAGAUGGAAACACAGUCUGGUGCCAAGAUCGCUAUUCGUGGAAAAGGAUCGGUGAAGGAAGGAAAGGGCAAAUCUGACGCUGCUCACGCUAGCAAUCAGGAUGAGGAUCUUCAUUGUUUGAUUAUGGCAGACACCGAGGAGAAGGUCAACAAGGCCAAGGAGCUUAUUCACAAUGUCAUUGAGACGGCUGCCUCCAUUCCUGAAGGACAAAACGAGCUCAAGCGCAACCAGCUUCGUGAGCUAGCUGCCCUCAACGGUACCCUUCGUGACGACGAAAACCAGGCCUGCCAAAACUGCGGAGAAAUUGGACACCGCAAGUACGACUGCCCACAGCAGCGCAAUUACACUGCCAACAUUAUUUGUCGUGUCUGUGGCAAUGCUGGUCAUAUGGCUCGCGACUGUCCGGAUCGCCAGAGAGGUAGCGAUUGGCGUAACAUGCCACCUCGUCGCGGUCCAGAAAACGCCCUCGACAACGACUACGAGAAGCUCAUGAACGAGAUCGGCGGAGGCGGAGGCGACACCUCAAAUGCAUCUAGACAGAUCGGCUGGGACGGUGGAAACCCCGAAGCAGACGCCAACGGUGGCGCACGACCGGCGGCCCCAUGGCAACGCGGACCAACCGGCGCUCCUGCUCCGUGGCAGCAACGUGCAGAGCCAGGCGGUGGCCCAGCUCCUUGGCCGCGACAGAGCCGCGACGAUGGCUACGGCGGAGGCUAUAAUGGAGGCCCGCCAACUGGUCCUGCUGGUGGACCGGCACCAUGGGCUAGAGGUGGUGGAGGUGGUGGAGGUGGAGCUCCUUGGCAGCAGCCUCAGCAGCAACAGGCGCCGUGGCAACAGCAACCAGCACCAUGGCAGCAACAGCAGCAUGGCGGCUACGAUGCGCCACCACCUCCGCCCCCAGCUGACGUUCCUCCGCCACCACCCAGCGACAUUCCACCUCCACCACCUCCAGCAUAG